AUGAAGAGUUGCUGCAUUGGCAUAGAACAGCGACAUGCACAGAGACUAGAGAAAGCUCUCGACGUGGUGCCUGUCACCAGCACCAUUUACUCUGAGGUGGUGCUCACCAACACACAGACCCAGUACGUCACUCGCACACAGGUGCAGCAGCAGGUGUCCACCGUCUACCGCACGCAACAGGUGCCCCAGUAUGUCACCAGGACGGUGACGGUGCCCCAGCAGGUGGUGAGGACCCAAGUGUCAACACAGGUGGUGCCAACAACCAUUUACUCUCAGCAAACGAUCCAAACCACCGUCUACCAACCGGCCCAGACCCAGUACGUGACGAAUACACGCACAUACUACAGCACUCAAUACCUUCCAGGCAGGACCCGCACCCAGUACGUCACUAACACCGUUUACAAUACCAACUACGUUACCUCCACAGUCUACAACAAAGUGUACAACACCAUCACCGCCACCUCCACCGUCAAACCUAAUUGUAAUACUGGCUACAACUACAACGCUCCAAGCAGGCCAUUCAAUCCCUAUAAUGGUUAAAUAGUUGACAAAAAUUACUAGCUUUAAUCAGGGAUCGUAGAGACCAGCGGAAGUGCUCCAGCCUUUUGCACACGUGUGAAUAACUGUCUAUUAUACUUUACAUAUAUAAGAUGUGCAUAAAAGCUGGUUAUUACAAGCGACUUUAUUUCUGAAACUAUUUGCCAUGAAAUUAAAGUAUGUGUUACAGUUA